AUGCCAAAGGCGUUGGUAGAAGAUAACUGGGCGACCCCUUGGGCACGGAUGAUGACGCCAAAAUGGGGAGAGGCACGAGUGAUGCCAACUGCACACUGGGUGGCACUAGUGGCGAGCUAUACAGCUCCAGCAGUAUGGGCAGCGCUAGCAACGCGCUGGGCAAUAGUCCUCGCUGCAAGUUAG